GAAGAGGCCCUAGAUUCCCUUAAAAGGGGGGUUCCUAAAAAUGAGGAGCUUGAUUUGGUAGUAGCUGAAGUUCAUCCUGGCAAUGCAGAGAUGGACACCUUGGUGCUGUUUCACCACAUCCUGAAUGAACUUGAAGUGCCUCUCAUCACUAUGUGUGCCUAUGAUGAGGCAGUCUCUACAUGCAUGACCCUUGGAACAUGCUUCAAUGUGGUUAAGCCGUUGGAUACUGAAACCGUCAAUUUUCUGAGGAUGAGAGCACUUCAACACAGGUCUAUUAAAAAUCACAGGUCUGAAACUGAGGAUGAAAAACAAGAUGCGUUGAACGCGAAUGUCUAUUCACAGAAUCUGGGUUGGUUCUUAUGGAGCAGUGAGCUCCAUGGGAAGUUCUUGCAGGCUGUUGAAGUGCUUGGGGCGUCUGCUACGGCUCGAAACAUUCACCAGUACAUGAAUGCCAAGGAUUUGAAUUUGACCAUACAGCAUGUUGCAAGCCAUCUCCAGAAACACCGGCUGCGAGCGCAGAGGCAGAGGUUAUCUCACGAUGAAGAGGGCUAUCAACAUUAUGCCAGCAUGAAGGAAUUAUCUGAGAUGAUGUCAUCAGCAUACAAGGCACCCAGUGCUAAACCCAAUAAUCAUUUGGCAACAACCCAGACGCAGUUCACACAUGGGGUUGCCUCUUCUAUCUGGGACAAGUACCCCGGGAUGGUGUGGCCACACAUGGAGGGAAGUUCAGUAGCCUCUGCUAUGUGGUACAAUUACCCCGGAAAGCGGUGGGGACAAGUGGGGGAGAGUUCGGCUGGAGCACGAGUUUCUCAGACUAAUGCAUGCCCACCUCCAGUUCUGAUACAUGGUACCAAAUCUAUCUGGGACUGGUACCAGGAGAGCCUGCAGUACUAUAAUGAGAGCCUGCCAUACAAACGCGAGGUGCUGCCUGUACAGAGCAAAGCACUUGAUGGAUAUGGACGCAAGAUUUUCAUCAACCUGGAGAGAGAGGAGAUCAGUCGUACUGAAGCAGCAGGCAAGAUUGUCAUCAACCUGGAGAGCGAUGACAUGCAGAAAGACACCAAGGAUGACGUGCAUGCCGCAGUUACUCCACAGGAAGACACAAUGAACGAGGUGCACGCCGCAGUUACUCUGCAGAAAGACACCAUGGACGAGGCGCACGCCGCAGUUACUCCACAUGAAGUGAACGAGGUGCCUGCUGCAGCCAUGGGCGCUGGUUAUCUGGUGGAUCUAGCAGGCAAUGCCCUGCUUGACGGUAUAGACAGCUACCACCCCGCCGCAGAGAAUGCGCAGUCUGAGCCUUUCAAUGACUGGGAUUGGGAAGAGGUGGAGAAAUUCUUGACGAACCAGAUUGAAGGGCAGGGGCAGGAGCAGCAAGGCCUUGAACUAGUGGAUCUACUCCAGUUAGACGGCAUUUCACCAGAGGAACUGCUCCAGGUAGACGAAGCCUGGAACCAGGCGCUUCAGCAGGCAAACCCGGCAAACGUCGUCGAGGACGAACCCAUGGCUGAAGAGCCCGCCGCUGGACACGCCCCGGUGUCUGAUCCUGCAAACCAGUCCGGCGUCGCUGACAACAUGUUCGGGGUUUGGAGCCCCCAGUUUGCGGGCGACGACUACGGCAUGCCGUUCUAGGCCUGCCAGAAGAGGGGCAACUCAAGAACUGCUUUUAUUUUAGUAACAAUAAUAAGACUGGUGAAGUGUAAGCAAUAAAGGUUCCUAGGGAGAAAUCCCCAGGAGAUAUAUGGGAGAGCUGCUGAUGCUCGG